AUGCGUACGAUGCGUACGAUGCCUCCAACACGAUGCAUCUCUGAUCUGAUCUGAUAUGACGACCGACAACAACACAGCUGUCUCUUGAUCCAAGAACCUGAAUCCUCUGGACCCUUUCGCCACAAAACCUACAUCCAUUUGCUCACAUUCCGUCACCUCCAUCUGCCAUGUCAUGGUUGCAAUCUGCGUAGGACAUGGCUCUCAGUUCGGUGAGCAGCAUAGCAUAGCAUCGCAUAGCUUAGCUUAGCACACUUUCCUAUCUGGGCGCAUAUUCCACCCCUCUUUCUAAUAUCUAUCGAUCAGCAGCUAACUCGUACAGUGGAAAACGUUCGAUUUCUUCGACGUCUCCCAGAUCAAUACUCCAGAUGACGAUAGUCGGUCCUUUUUCGAAAACAACGAAAUCAGAUGUGUCUGCUCUGGAUCAGAGAAUCUCUUUCUCGGUAGUGACGAUGGCGUAGUCCGUAUUGUCUCGUCGAGCUUCAAAAUCAUAAGGACCUUUCAAGCAUACGAGGUCGGGUCCAUUACGCAUAUGAAGCAGGUGGAGGGCACUUCCUUACUGGUCACGAUAUCGGUAUUUACAUAGAAUCCCCGCAGCAUGCCUUUGACAAGUCUCUGAUGUCUUGUAGGAAGACCUGCCCAAUGAGCCUGUCUUGAAAGUGUGGGCCUUGGAUAAACCAGUAAAGAAGACUGCCCUUCCAACAUGCCAGUCGACCCUGAGCAUACAAAAUGGUCGGAAGCCGUUUCCGGUAUGCAGCUUGGAGCUUUACAGAUGAAGUUUCCGCUAACCGUUAUCACCAGAUAUCCGCCUUUGCCGCUCUUGAUGAUCUUUCCCAAGUGGCCGUCGGUUUCGCGAACGGCUCGGUGACAGUAGUUCGUGGAGACCUGGUACACGAUAGAGGGGCGAAGCAGCGAACCGUUCACGAAUCCGAUGAACCAAUAACGGGUGUUGAACUCCGAGAGGAACUGAACAAGCCGACAACCUUGUACAUUGCAACUACUGCUCGCAUACUGAGACUUGGGAUAUCAGGUGCUCGACAGCCAGCCAAGACUGUGGCAGACACUGGCUGUGCUGUUGGUUGUAUGACAGUUGAUAGACAAAAUGGAAGUAUCGUUGUGGCGAGAGAUGAGGCAAUUUACUACUAUCGUGGAAAUGAUGAUCUUGGGCCUUGCUGUGGAUAUGACGGUCCUAAAGAUUUAGUGGCAAUAUUUGAGGAUUAUGUUGCACUGGCAUCUCCACCAGCUGCUACCACCACUUCAAACAAAUCAAGUACCCUUCGCCGUUUUGGCGGUUCACAAGCCGAUGAAAUUUUCAACACUUCAACCUUUACUCUACUGGACACAGACUUAAAGUUUGUUGCUCAUUCAGAGUCUUUGGUUUCCAAGGUUGUGACUUUAUUCAUGAUAUGGGGUGAUCUUUUUACAUUGAGUCAAGAUGGCAAGGUACGGAGUUCAAAUGAUGGUGUUUUAUGGAAGCACCUUUGUAUGUUAAUAAUGUUAAUAGAUAUAUCGGUAUCAUGAAAAGCCAUUGCAACAGAGACUCGAGAUUUUGUACCAACGAAACCUCUAUUUCUUGGCAAUUAAUUUGGCUAAAAAGUCCGGCAUGGAUGGAGCUCAGCAAAAUCUCAUCUAUCGGAAAUACGGUGACAGUUUGUAUCAAAAGGGAGAGUAUGACGCAGCGAUGCAACAAUAUCUUAAAGCAAUUGACAGCACUGAGCCUUCUCAGGUCAUCCGAAAGGUAAAUUUCUCUUCGUAUUUUAUUAGGCUUCUUGCUAACUUUAUCAGUUUCUUGAUACCCAACGCAUACAUAAUUUGAUUGAAUACCUGGAACAAUUACAUGAACAUCACAAAGCGACUGCAGACCAUACGACACUACUCUUGAACUGCUAUGCCAAAUUAAAAGAUAUUGAUAAACUAGAAAAGUUUAUCAAGUCACCCGGGGAUCUCAAGUUUGAUCUUGACACAGCGAUCUCGAUGUGCAGGCAAGGAGGGUACUAUGAACAAGCAGUGUACCUUGCAACCAAACAUGGAGAGCAUGAACUGGUUGUCGACAUACUAAUCGAAGACUCGAAAAAGUAUGCUGAGGCCCUUCAAUACAUUUGGCGUCUAGAGCCCGAAGUCGUGAGUGCUACCAAACUUUCUAAAGUCUUUUGCUAAUUUCUUUGCAGAUGUACGUCAAUUUGAUGAAAUACGCACGAGUUCUAUUAGAAAAUUGUCCCUUGGAAGCAACUCAACUUUUCGUGGAAUAUUUCACCGGUAAAUUCCGGCCUAGAUCCGAUGCAAUCGUCGUCCCUGAGGAAGUUCAACGUUCAGGUGGUUAUGCAGCAGGUGCCGUCACUGCUGUGCAGAAUCUAAAAGACCUCCUUCCUUUGCCGUAUAUGAGCACGUCAGCUGUUGCAUCACCGCCUACUCAGGGCAAUGUUGCUCCCACUUUAAGCGACAACCAAGUGGUAGAGGAUAUAGAGCAGCUUGCGGUACCCCAAUAUACGCCACCUCAUCCCAGAACUGCCUUUUCCUCGUUUGUUGAUCAUCCAGACGAAUUCAUUCUUUUCUUGGAAGCGUGCUUGGAAGAAAAAGAUCUUCAAGAGCGCGACAAGAUAGACCUGUACACAACUCUGUUUGAGAUGUACUUGCACAAGUCGAACGAGAAGAAGGGUGCGGAUAGGGAAGAAUGGGAGGCUAAAGCCAAGAAGCUUAUCGAGGGCAAAGAUAUCCCAAUUGAUACCUCUAACGUGCUUUUGCUGUCCCAUCUUUCGGACUUCAAAGACGGCACCACUCUUGUCCGUGAACAGGCUGGGCUUCGAUUUGACAUCUUCCGUUCCUAUACAUCCGCUAAAGACACUCGUGGUGCCAUAAAAGCAUUACGAAAAUACGGACCCGAGGAACCACAACUAUACCCAGCAGCUCUCGCAUACUUCACAUCUGACCCUCGCGUUCUUGAAGAAGCUGGCGGCGAACUCGAUAUAGUCCUCAAAAAGAUUGACGAUGAUGGACUCAUGGCUCCUCUGCAAGUCAUCCAAACUCUAUCCACCAACGCCGUCGCUACUAUGGGCAUGAUCAAGCCUUACCUCCAACAAACCAUCGAACGCGAACGUCGAGAAAUCAGCAACAACCGCAAACUCAUCACCUCCUACCGCACGGAAACCAUCCAAAAGCGCGAAGAAAUCCAGGAUCUCACGACGAAGCCGCAGACCUUUAACAACACCCGUUGUUCCUUCUGUGGUAGUCAACUCUCCCUCCCGGCGGUACACUUCAUGUGCAAACAUAGUUUUCAUCAGACGUGUAUUAAUGUGCAGAUUGGGGAGGAUGGGGAGGUGGAUGGGGAUUGCACGGUUUGUAGGAAGGAGAAUGAUGCUAUUCGGGCGUUUGUGAGGAGCCAGGAGGAGAUGGGGGAUAAGCAUGAGUUCUUUUUGGAGGCGGUGAGGGGGAGUGGGGAUCGGUUUGGGAGGGUGAGUGAAUUUUUUGGGAGGGGGGUUAUGCAGGUUCCUUCUAUGGAGUAA